UGCCAAUAAUACACUGAAGUUCAAUGUCAUACACAGCAUUGUUAAUGACAGGGUUUCCAGAAGGACCACCACUCUGGAGCUUUAAGCUUUAGAACAUGGGGUUCAGUUUCAUGUUGCUCUUAUCCAAUAUCCUCCUAACUGCAUGGCUUUCUACUGCUAAAGGGGAAGAAAAGACGUGCUCGCCUCCUUAUAUUCCAAAUGGUGUCUACGCCCCUCACAGGAUUAUACACAGAACUGAUGAUGAAAUCAGAUAUGAAUGUAAAUAUGGCUUCUAUCCUACAAACGGAUCAACAGUUUCAAAGUGUACACUCACUGGCUGGAUCCCUGUUCCAAGAUGUACCUGUAAGCUUCACUUACGUCUUUAAUUUCCAUGACCCUGAAAUUAGUCUAUUAAAUAUGC